UAUAAGUCACAUUUAUAUUGUUUUAUGACUGUUGAUAUAGAGCUUGAUGUUCGUUUAUAAGUGUAGUCAUAAAACAUUAGGAACACAUCAUAAUUCACUAUAAAUGCUCAUAAUGCACUAUAGAUGUCACAGUGAAGGGUUUAAAGCUUUUGCAAAUAAUUUAACAUCAUGAUCAUUAUCUUCAGAUCGUUAAAUCUAACUCUUUGUGCCUCAGUCGAUGCCGGCGGUGUUUAAGAUCGAGCUGAAGCACGGGGAGUUCACGUGGCUGGUGAAGAAGAAGGAGAAACACUUCAUGGACCUCCACAGAGAGCUCAGGACCUACAAGACCUUCAUGAGGCUGCCGCUGCCGUCACGCAGUCACACGAUAAAGCGGCAGACGGCGACCGGCGAGGCGAGGCAGAUGCCGAACCUCCCCAGAGGAGGAGGAGACGAGCUGGUCAGAGAGGAGCAAGUCUCCAGUCGCAGGAAACAACUGGAAGAUUACUUGAACAGGCUGCUGAAGAUGCCGAUGUACAGGAACUACCACACCACGAUGGAGUUCAUUGAUGUCAGCCAGCUCUCCUUUAUCCACGAUCUGGGACCAAAAGGCCU